AUGGUUGAAUUGAUCGCCAGCCUGGUUCUGCACGAAAUCCCGGCAGACAUCGUCAAGCACGGCAUAGCUGUCUUUUUGCAUAAAGAGUUCGAGAGGAUUCGCCAUGAUUACAACUUGACUAGGCUCACCCAACUGGCUGUUCCGCUCUUUAUCUUUGCUGCAACCGUUUGUCACUUCAUUGAUGAUCGGAAUCGCAACAGCCCUCGGGUCCAGUUGCGUAAGGUUCUCGACUACGGGAGUAAAGGUCACGUAUCUCAGUUGGACCGAACUUAUGGGCCCGUUCUAGACUCGCUGAUCGCUGAUGUUUCAGAAGAUGGCAAAGAGGAGAUCAUCAAAGACUUUAAGAUGAUAGUUGGCAGUAUAGUCAUGCUUGCCAAUCCUCUUUCAGUUUCGGCCUUGUCGCAGCUGCUCGAGGUCGAUCCCGAAGUGGUAGACAACAGACUUGACACACUCCAUUCGGUUCUCAGCGUGCCACCAAGACGCAAAGAGCCUGUGCGGUUGCUGCAAUUGUCAUUUCUAGACUAUCCCAUCACAAAAGAAAGCGAGUUCCGGGUAGACAAAAGACAUGCCCACCAAACCUUGGCGAAACACUGCUUGCGCGUCAUGUGGGGUGGUUUGCGUGAGAACAUAUGCGGCCUAUCUUUCCCGGGAAUGCGCAGAUCUACGGUAGACAGCUCAGAGCUUGAGGAACACAUUCCUGCACAAGUUCAAUAUGCUUGCAUGUACUGGGUUUAUCAUCAGAUGGAGGGUGAUCCCGGAUUGAACGACAGCGAGAAAGUUUAUGAUUUCUUAACGACACAUUUUCUGCAUUGGCUGGAAGCGAUGAGUUUACUGGGCCGAGUCAAGGAAUGUCUCGACUCACUUAGGUCACUGGCAAGAUGGCUAGAGAACCGCGAAGACUCAAGCCUAUUGGCUUUUGUAGCUGACGCAGUGCGAUUUGUUCAGCUCAAUUUCUCCGUGAUUGCCGAAGCACCGCUACAGGUUUAUUGUUGUCUAGCUUUCGCACCAAGCAAGAGUAUCGCGAGAAAGAUAUUUGAGAACGCUAUUCCAAAGUGGGUAAGUAAUCUGCCGAAGGUUGAGGAAAACUGGGACUCAUGCUUGUUGACUCUAGAGGGCCACAGCGACUGGGUCGACUCGGUGGUGUUCUCGUACGACUCGAAAAAGGUGGCGUCGGGCUCUUCUGACAUAACGAUCGCAUCGGGCUCUGAGACGGUACGGAUCUGGGAUACAGAGACGGGCGAGUGCAAGCAAGUGCUGCAGGGCCAUAGUGACGAAGUCAACUCGGUGGUGUUCUCGCAUGACUCGAAAAAGAUCGCAGCGGCCUCGAAAAACAUGACAGUGCGAAUCUGGGACGCAAAGAUGGGCGCGUGUGAGCGAGUACUAGAGGGCCAUGACGACUAUAGUCACUCCUUGGUGGUCUCCCACGACUCAAAAAAGGUGGCAUCGGGCUCCUCUGACGAGACGGUACGGAUCUGGGACGCAGAGACGGGCGAGUGCAAGCAAGUGCUGCAGGGCCAGGAUGACGAGGUUGACUCGGUGGUGUUCUCGCACGACUCGAAAAAAGUUGUAUCGAGCUCUAGUGACAAGAAGAUACGGAUCUGGGAUGUCGAGACAGGUCGCUGUAAAAACGGCUUUUCAUUGGAUCGAUAUGCAGGCGUUCUUUCUUUUACGCCCGACGAACGUGGUAUUGUUACCAAUCGUGGCACGUUUGCUUUGCCAGAUGGCUCGCAGGCUUCUGCUGAGUUUGCCACGGCAUGGCGAUGCUCGAAGGCUGCGAUACUGACCUGUAUCGACGAUACUUGGGUCGUGGUGGUAGGGAAAGACCAGUGUGGGAAAUAG